UCAUCCUCAUCCCUCCUCAUUCAUACACUUCCCUUCCUUCUCUUCACUUCCCGCUCAAAUAUGUCCUCAGCCCCUUCGACUACAAGAGUGAUGCCUACGAACGUCAGCAACAGUACUAGCAACGUCGAUAACAGCUCGAACGUGGUUUCGGCUAGUGGUCCCUCGGAUGCCCAUGUUCCAGAGAUCCGUGGACGGGAGCGUCAGGGCUCCUUUGGAGGGUCGACCAAGGUCAAGAUCCUGAAGCCCUUCAACACUGCGAAUAUCAAGAUCUUGUUGCUCGAGAACGUCAACGAGACUGCAGUCUCUGCCCUUAGAGACCAGGGUUAUCAGGUCGAGACUUUUGCAAAAGCAUUGCCCGAGGAUGAAUUGAUCGAAAAGAUCCGUGAUGUGCACUGUGUCGGUAUCCGCUCGAAGACCAAGCUGACAAAGAGGGUCUUGGAUGCGGCUGAGAAGCUCGGAGUGAUUGGAUGCUUCUGCAUCGGCACGAACCAAGUCGAUCUCGAGCAUGCGUCCCAGAAGGGCGUCGCUGUCUUUAACUCGCCCUUUUCCAACUCGAGAUCCGUCGCGGAACUGGUCCUGGCUGAAAUCGUGCUGUUGUCGAGACAGCUCGGUGAUCGUAACAAUGAGAUGCACCAGGGCGUAUGGUCCAAGGUUUCGGCAAACUGCUAUGAGAUCCGUGGCAAGACACUUGGAAUUGUUGGAUAUGGACAUAUUGGAUCGCAGCUAUCCGUGCUCGCAGAGUCGAUGGGUAUGCGCGUGCUGUUCCACGACGUUGUGCCACUGAUGCCCCUGGGCACAAGCAAGCAGGUCAACUCUCUGAAUGAACUGCUUGAGUCCUCGGACUUUGUCACUCUGCACGUCCCUGAGACUGAGGACACCAAGAACAUGAUUGGUGAACAUGAACUCAACAAGAUGAAGCAGGGCUCCUUCUUGAUCAACGCCUCCCGUGGCACUAUUGUUCAGAUCCCUGCCCUGGCCAAGGCCCUGCGCUCAGGACGCAUCGGUGGCGCUGCUGUUGAUGUUUUCCCCAAGGAGCCUGCUGCGAAUGGCAAGUUCUUUGAGUCGGAGCUGGUUGGAUGUCCCAACACGCUCUUGACCCCACACAUUGGAGGUUCGACCGAGGAGGCUCAGUCGAUGAUCGGUGUAGAGGUCUCGCAGGCAUUGAUCAAGUUUAUCAACAACGGCACAUCGAUCGGCGCCGUCAACUUCCCUGAGGUCGAUCUGCGUGCGAUUCGCGAUGAGGAGAACUCGAUCCGUCUGUGCUACACGCAUUUGAAUGUGCCCGGUGUGUUGAGACAGAUCACGAAUAUUCUGGCAGAUCACAAUGUCGACAAGCAGUUCUCGGACUCGAAGGGCAAGAUCGCCUACCUGAUGGCCGAUAUCUCGGAUGUAACACCGGAGCAGAUCCAGGACAUCUAUCGCCGCGUCAGCGAGACCCCCACCAACAUCGUCACCCGCAUUCUGUACUAGAUAACCAACAAAUCACAAUAAAUAACGAGAAUCAUGGAUGUAUUAUUAUU